AUGUGGGUUCUAGAUUCGACCGGUGAUUUUCUGGAAGGGAAGCGCAUAUGGUUACGUCCCGGGAAGAAGUAUCUCUUCGGGCGAUUCCAGCGCGAAGGAGUUCGCCAUGCGGUAAACCACAACUCGAUAUCUCGGAAGCACAUGACGAUUGAGAUAUCCCCGGUCAAACCUAAAGAUGGAUUAUCACUGCGGGCUCGAUCCGGAAUCACCGUCACCGAUCUGGCUUCCAAAAAGGGAACCGUGGUGGACGGAACACGUAUUGAAGGGGAACACAAACUUGAGAAGAAUGACGAACAUUUCAUUCAGCUCGCUAAAUACGAGCAUAAGCUGCGUAUCAAAUGGGAGCCGGUAGUGCUAAGCUUCUCGCUUUCCUCGAAAGAGAUGCGAGGUGAAGAUCCUCUAGCGCACGUUCGUUCGCGUCUUGAAGACCUGGAUGUGAAGACCGUCGUCGACUACAUCGUUGAUAAGACCACUUAUGUGGUGUCAAGCAAAAGGAACACUGCGAAAGGGCUCCAGGCGCUGGUAAAUGGGAAGUACAUCGUGGAUGACACCUUUAUUGACGCCCUGGUCUAUGCGGCGACCCCCAACGACCUCGAGAAUCUGGAGUCUCUAUGUCGUCUGGAAAUUGACUUCGAAUCGGAAUGGCCUGAUCCAAGGAGACACCUCCCGCCUGCCGGCAAGGAGAACAUCGACCGUCCCUCAACAGCCUUCGCACCGAAUCUCGACCGUCGAAAUAUCUUCGACCAAUAUACAUUCGUCUUCUGUGAUCAGUCGCAAUUCGAUAACCUGCAAGGGCCCAUCAACAAUGGCCAGGGAAAGGCACUCUUCUUCGAUAUAUCAGAGGGAAGCACAACUGCUGUGGACAUUGUCCGCUUCAUGGAAAAGGCGGCAGGUAACCAGGGGGUUGGCGCAGCACGACACGGACCCGGUGGUGUCGUCCUCGUUCGCUUUCGCUCUAAAGGCGAGUUUGAGUCCUGGGCCCUAGAGGUGGGAAAUGAGGUAGCACUCAUGACAGACCAACGUGUCAUUGAGCAGCGAGAGUUCCUUGAUGCAAUUCUGGGGAAUGACGCCUCACCUCUUUGUCGCUCUUUGCCAACUGAGGAGGGCUCGAGCCAAGCUCCUGCAUCACCCGCAAUCACAACAGCACGAGAGGUUCCGUCCGCUCCUGUCAUUUCCGCGCCUGCGUCGCCCGUCGAGCAAGAGCCAACACCUCCAUCCGCGUCUCGCCACAGAUCAGCCUCUCGCCCAUACGUCAGCAAGAUGAAAAAUUUCGAUGAUGGAUUCGACAUGGAGUCGGUCCCCACGUACGCACCAGAAGAAGAAGAAUCUGCCUUCGACACGCAAACAAUGGAUACGGAGACUCAAGCGGCCCCGGAACCAGUGCAACCUCUGGACACAGUGAAGGAGGAGCCCCAAGAUGAUAUGGUUUCCGACCUACUACCCGGCGCUCGUGCAAUGAAACGCCGCCGUUCUGAGAUGGCGCACCACCCAGAAGCCAACGUCGUGGCCACGGAAACAGAACCCCCGAAAAGAAAGCGCGCCAAGCUUGACGUGCUAGAGGCAGCACGCAAGCACCGCGAAGAAGAAGAAGAGCAGCAUAAGAUGGAGCAAGACCCACACCUUGACAAAAACGAUCUGGACGUCUCCCAGUUGAGAAAUCUCGCUAUCGUAGAGGAGAUGGACCUCCCUGUCCGAAAGCCGCCCGUGACCGAAGACCAGAAUACCGACAGAUGGGAUGACAGGUGGAACGGCCGUAAGAAUUUCAAAAAGUUCCGUCGGAAAGGUGAAACUGGUGGACGCUCACGCAUGCAAGCUGUCAUCGUUCCCCUCGACGAAGUCACCCGCAAGGAAUACGGUGUUGGCGAUCACUACUGGAGCGGCAAUGCUGAGCCGGUCAACCCCGUUGUCACCCAAAACCGAAGCAGUGUGCAGGAGAGCAAUGAAAACCCUCCACUUCGAUCCGAGGAAUCGGCUUCUACACUCAACACACCGCAGCCAGACCCAGAACCUGCACCCUCCAGACGUCCAAAGAGGGCUCGCGAAACACGUGACUCGGACAGUGAUGAUGGGACCCGAUUUCGAUUCAGACGAAAGCGCUAG